AAGCUAUUAAUCUUCUUCAUGAGAUGCAUAUAUUGGGACUGAAGCCAUCUGAGAUUACAUUUGCAAGCCUCAUAGAUGUUUGUAGGGGAUCUCCCAUGGUAAUUUUGGGCAUGCAGAUCCAUUGUGCUAUAGUGAAGAGGGGUCUUUUAUGUGGUAGCGAAUUCUUAGGGACCUCUUUGUUGGGCAUGUAUAUGGAUUCACAAAGGCUUGCAGAUGCAAACCUUCUUUUCUCAGAGUUUUCUAACCUUAAAAGCACUGUAAUGUGGACCGCUUUAAUUUCAGGACAUACUCAAAAUGAGUGCAGUGAUGUGGCCUUAAACUUAUAUCGAGAAAUGCUUGACAACAAUAUCUUACCUGACCAAGCAACGUUUGUUACUGUUCUUCGUGCUUGUGCUCUCUUAUCCUCGUUGCAUGAUGGUAGAGAGAUACAUUCUCUAAUUUUUCAUACUGGUUUUGACACAGAUGAGUUAACCAACAGUGCCCUUAUAGACAUGUAUGCAAAAUGCGGGGAUGUAAAAAGUGCUGCUCAAGCUUUUGAAGAAUUGGCUAUUAAAAAGGAUGUGAUUUCUUGGAAUUCAAUGAUAGUUGGAUUUGCCAAAAAUGGUUAUGCAGAAAGUGUCCUGAGGGUCUUUGAUAAGAUGACUCAAUCGUGCAUCAACCCUGAUGAUGUGACAUUCCUUGGAGUGCUUACCGCUUGUAGCCAUGCAGGGUGGGUUUACGAGGGUCGUCAAAUUUUUGACAUCAUGGUAAACUAUUAUGGCAUUGAGCCCAAAGUAGAUCAUUAUGCUUGCAUGGUUGAUCUUCUUGGUAGGUGGGGUUUUCUCAAAGAAGCUGAAGAGUUCAUUGACAAACUAGAAGUUGAACCCAAUGCUAUGAUUUGGGCCAAUUUAUUGGGUGCUUGCAGAAUACACGGGGAUGAAAAAAGGGGACAAAGGGCUGCUAGGGAACUUAUUAAGUUAGAACCCCAAAAUUCGUCUCCUUAUGUAUUGCUUUCUAAUAUGUAUGCUGCAUCAGGACAUUGGGAUGAAGCAAGAUCUUUGAGGAGAACAAUGAUAAAAAAAGACAUCCAAAAGAUGCCGGGGUGUAGCUGGAUUGUAGUGGAGCGAAAGACAAACCUAUUUGUUGCGGGUGAUAUAUCGCAUCCUAGUUAUGAUGAAAUUUCACAAGCUUUAAAACAUCUGACAGCACUAACUAAAGACAACAGAUUCCAGGACGAUGGAAUUUCCCGGGUUGGCCAAAUUUACUAUUCCAGAAAGAAAAAAAUGCAUUAUAAACUAAUAAACUACAAAAAGAUAAAGUUGUGGCUUUUUCUUUUGGGGCGUCAUUCAUCAGUUGUUGAGACUGCUCAGCCAGCAGCAUCUGGAUUAAGAGUUGUUGCUUCUGGGCUUUGGUUGGCUCCUGGGGAUUCAGAAGAGGUUGCAGCUGCUCUAUCUCAGGCUUUGAGGAAUCGUAUAGAAAGAGCUUUGCAUGGGCUUUAUUACAUGAGAUUUGGAGAUGUAUUUUUGAAGUUUCAUCAAUUUCAAAGAGAAGAACUGUUCAGAAGAGGACAGCCUGCAGUUGAGUUUGUCUUUGCUGCGACCGAGGAGGCAAUCUUCAUACAUGUCAUAGUGUCCUCAAAGCAUAUCCGGAUGCUUUCCACGGGUGAUUUGGAAAAAGUAUUAAGACAUUCUACAGAGUCAGCCUAUGGACUUCCAGGUUGUUCAAAUUUAUUUCUCAGUUUCUCAGAUUUACUAUUCAUAGAUGUGCUAUCUAUCCCAUCUUUGCUGAGAGAAAUGAAGGUGAAGCACUACUCCGUGCAGCGUUUGAACUCCCUCCUUUGCAAGUACUCGAGCCAAGGAUUGCCGGAAAGUGUCCUGUACUGCUAUGCUUCUUUUAUCAACUCAGGCCAUUCGCCCGACCAAUUCACUUACGCUAUCACUCUGUCUGCCUCUGCAAAAGUGCAGAAUGUUGAGUUGGGUAGGGCAGUUCACUGCUGUGUUAUUAAGAGGGGCCUUCAAUCCACCUCCUUCUGUCAGGGCGCUCUUAUCCAUCUCUACGCCAAAUGCAACUCUCUCACCUCUGCUCGCACCAUAUUUGAUGCUGCACCCUGCCCCCACCUCCACACUGUCUCUUGGACCGCUUUACUCUCUGGUUAUGUUCAAGCCGGCAUGCCCGAGGAGGCACUCCACAUAUUUGACCGAAUGCGCAACUUCGACGCUUAUCCAAUCCCAGACCCAGUGGCGCUUGUCACCGUCUUAAACACUUACAUUUCCUUAGGAAAGCUUCAUGAUGCAUGCCAAUUGUUUGAACAAAUGCCGCUCCCCAACCGCAAUGUUGUCGCAUGGAAUGUCAUGAUAUCUGGUUAUGCCAAGAGAGGCCAUUAUAAGGAGGCUCUUGCCUUUUUUCAUCAAAUGAGUAAGCAUGGGGUUAAAUCCUCAAGAUCCACGCUCGCUAGUGUUUUAAGCGCCAUUGCCAGCUUAGCCUCCCUAGAUCAUGGCUUGCUACUUCAUGCACGUGCUAUCAAGCAAGGUUUUGAGUCCAGCUUAUAUGUUGCAAGUUCCUUGAUCAAUAUGUAUGGCAAGUGUGAAAUGCUGCAUGCUGCCCGCCAAGUCUUUGAUGCUAUAUCUCGGAAAAAUAUGAUUGUAUGGAACGCCAUGCUUGGAGUUUAUUCUCAGAAUGGCUAUUUAAGUAAAGUCAUGGAGUUGUUCUUGGAUAUGACUACAUGUGGCAUUCAUCCGGAUGAAUUUACCUACACUAGCAUUUUGAGCUCAUGUGCGUGCUUUGAAUACCUAGAAAUAGGUCGCCAGUUGCAUUCAACUAUUAUCAAGAAAAGAUAUACCUCCAAUUUAUGUGUCAACAAUGCAUUGAUAGAUAUGUAUGCUAAGGCCGGGUCUUUGAAGGAAGCCACCAAACAGUUUGAGCACAUGACACACCGAGAUCAUAUUUCCUGGAAUGCCAUUAUUGUUGGAUACGUGCAAGAAGAAGAGGAGGCUGGUGCUUUUGCUUUGUUUUGGAGAAUGAAUUCACAUGGUGUUGUACCUGACGAGGUAUCUAUCGCCAGUAUACUUAGUGCUUGUGGAAAUACUAAGGUGCUACAAACAGGACAGCAGUUUCAUUGCUUGUCAGUUAAGUUGGGUCUAGAAACAAACCUUUUUUCUGGAACUUCUCUUAUUGACAUGUAUUCCAAAUGUGGGGCCAUUGAAGAUGCACGUAAAAUUUAUUCUAGCAUGCCUGAGCGAAGUGUGGUCUCCAUGAAUGCUCUGAUUGCAGGAUAUGCUCUAAAAAACACAAAAGAAGCUAUUAAUCUUCUUCAUGAGAUGCAUAUAUUGGGACUGAAGCCAUCUGAGAUUACAUUUGCAAGCCUCAUAGAUGUUUGUAGGGGAUCUCCCAUGGUAAUUUUGGGCAUGCAGAUCCAUUGUGCUAUAGUGAAGAGGGGUCUUUUAUGUGGUAGCGAAUUCUUAGGGACCUCUUUGUUGGGCAUGUAUAUGGAUUCACAAAGGCUUGCAGAUGCAAACCUUCUUUUCUCAGAGUUUUCUAACCUUAAAAGCACUGUAAUGUGGACCGCUUUAAUUUCAGGACAUACUCAAAAUGAGUGCAGUGAUGUGGCCUUAAACUUAUAUCGAGAAAUGCUUGACAACAAUAUCUUACCUGACCAAGCAACGUUUGUUACUGUUCUUCGUGCUUGUGCUCUCUUAUCCUCGUUGCAUGAUGGUAGAGAGAUACAUUCUCUAAUUUUUCAUACUGGUUUUGACACAGAUGAGUUAACCAACAGUGCCCUUAUAGACAUGUAUGCAAAAUGCGGGGAUGUAAAAAGUGCUGCUCAAGCUUUUGAAGAAUUGGCUAUUAAAAAGGAUGUGAUUUCUUGGAAUUCAAUGAUAGUUGGAUUUGCCAAAAAUGGUUAUGCAGAAAGUGUCCUGAGGGUCUUUGAUAAGAUGACUCAAUCGUGCAUCAACCCUGAUGAUGUGACAUUCCUUGGAGUGCUUACCGCUUGUAGCCAUGCAGGGUGGGUUUACGAGGGUCGUCAAAUUUUUGACAUCAUGGUAAACUAUUAUGGCAUUGAGCCCAAAGUAGAUCAUUAUGCUUGCAUGGUUGAUCUUCUUGGUAGGUGGGGUUUUCUCAAAGAAGCUGAAGAGUUCAUUGACAAACUAGAAGUUGAACCCAAUGCUAUGAUUUGGGCCAAUUUAUUGGGUGCUUGCAGAAUACACGGGGAUGAAAAAAGGGGACAAAGGGCUGCUAGGGAACUUAUUAAGUUAGAACCCCAAAAUUCGUCUCCUUAUGUAUUGCUUUCUAAUAUGUAUGCUGCAUCAAUGUCCCAUGCUUCUUUUGAAGAUUUAGCAUUAGCUAUCUUUUCAAAGCCCGACUCGUCAACAACUCGGUACAGCAAAUACAGUGCUGCCUUGUCCUUUGCCCGAGCAACCUUCAAUGCAUUCAGUUGGGCAUUUGUAUACCCCUCAGUGGUCACCGGUUCCUCGUACCCAUUCUCAACCACAUCCCAGUUGUCUUGGGAGCCGAGAAGGGCCUUCAUCUGCAGCUUCCAGUUGUCGUAA